AGAAAUAAUUCGACACGUAGAAAACGAAAUCUUUGGGUGAAGGAAAUUUCGAAUGGCUGCCAACUCAUCGAAAUGUUGACGGUGGUGCAAUGAAAUUUCUAUAGUUUUUUUCCGUAAAAACAAAAGUGCACAAAUAGUUUUUUUUUAUUUAAAUAUUUGUCAUUUUAAAUAAACGUCGAGUGCUUGAGAAAAGAUGAGUUCGAAUAAUUUUGUUGUUUUCGGCCUCCUUUUACUUAUCGCCCAUGUCCGAAGUAUCAUGUGGUAUAUGGAGCCAAAUCAAUCAAAAUGUCUUAGAGAAGAAAUUCAGGCUAAUGUUUUAGUUAGCGGAGAAUAUCAAGUUUCCGAAGUGCAUGGUCAAAAAGUCGAUUAUGUGGUUCGGGACUCGAAGGGACAUAUUCUUGCGCAAAAACAAGAUAUUCCACAUGGAAAAUUUGGGAAAUUUUCUUUCGUUACUGAAGUCUAUGACAAUUUUGAAAUAUGUUUCAAUUCCCACGUUCCACCUACUCACCGAGGUGUUAGGCAAGAAAUUACGUUAAAUGUAAAACGAGAUUUAGAGGCGAAAAGUUUUGAAAGUCUGCUUGGCGAGGCGUCUAAAUUGAAACCCGUCGAAGUCGAAUUAAGGAGAUUGGAAGAACUUUCCAAAGUUAUUGUCGAUGAUUUCUCGCGAAUGCGAAAAAGUGAGGAAGAAAUGAGAAAUACAAAUGAAUCAACGAACGCUCGUGUCCUCUACUUCAGUAUAUUUUCCAUGUGCUGUUUAUUGGGUUUGGCCACAUGGCAAGUCUUUUACCUUAGACGCUAUUUCCGAGCGAAGAAACUUAUAGAAUGAAUGUGUUUCUUAAUCAGACAUUCUUGCUAAAAAAAAAUAAAAGUAAUAAAAAAAAGAACUGCUGAGGACUUGAUAACGUAAAAAAAAAUCUUCUAAAGACUUGAAAUCUUCGGCAUAAAGAAUGCCAAUGCUGUGAAAAAGCCCUUGGUGGUAAAUCUUCACGCAAUUUAAUGUGGUUUUGAGCGUCAUGCCAUGUAAUAAAUAUUGUACAAAUGAAAACCAUGCAUCCAUUCAUCAUAAACAAUGUUUUUUGUAUUUUAUCACACAAUAUUUACUCAUACUUGAAACCUCAUUCUGAAUGUAAAUCAAGGAGUAUUCGCAUUACAUUAAUGGAAAUUUAAAAGAAAAAAAUAAAAAGGGUCGAGAUCGAGUAAAGCAGAGCAAAUCUUAUGAAUAUUCUAAAAACUCAAAUAAUCUCAUCGAUAAAUUGAAGAGAAGACAAGACAAGACAAGACGAAAAUUAAAAAUUUAGUGACGCAUUGAGCAGUUUGCUUUGCUUUAUUCGACAGAAUCAUUAAUUAUAAGCAUAGAGUGAUUUAGUUGUUACUAAAUAAAUCAUUUAUAUAUUAUUUCUAAA